AUGGUCGACAUGGGGGGCCUGGACAACCUGAUCGCCAACACGGCCUACCUGCAAGCCCGGAAGUCCUCAGACGGAGACAGCAGGGAGCUGCAGCGGCGGCGCCGGAGUCUGGCGCUGCCUGGGCCACAGAGCUGCACCCAGCUCCGCCAGUCCCUGCCUCAGGACUUCAACAGCCUGUGCGAGCAGCAACCCAUUGGCCGUCGCCUCUUUCGGGACUUUCUAGCCACUGUGCCCCGGUACCAAGAGGCCGUGGCCUUCCUGGAGGAGGUGCAGAGCUGGGAGCUGGCUGAAGAGGGCCCUGUCAAAGGCAGCAUGCUACAGGGGCUGCUGGCCACUUGUGGGGCUGCCCCUGCUCCAGGGCACCCACACCCCUUCCUCAGCCCAGCACUGGCUACCAAGUGCCAAGCAGCCUCCGCCGAGGAAGAACAGAUAGCCCUGGUAGCACAGGCCAAGGCCGAGGUCAUGGCCUUCUUGCAGGACCAGCCCUUCCAGGAUUUCCUGGCCAGCCCCUUCUAUGACAAGUUUCUGCAGUGGAAAGUCUUUGAGAUGCAGCCGGUGUCAGAAAAGUACUUCGAGGAGUUCCGAGUCCUGGGGAAAGGUGGAUUUGGGGAGGUAUGUGCUGUCCAGGUGAAAAACACUGGUAAGAUGUAUGCUUGCAAAAAACUGGACAAGAAGCGGCUAAAGAAGAAAAGUGGUGAGAAAAUGGCUCUUUUAGAAAAGGAAAUCUUGGAAAAAGUCAGCAGCCCUUUCAUCGUCUCUCUGGCCUAUGCCUUUGAGAGCAAGUCCCAUCUCUGCCUGGUCAUGAGCCUGAUGAAUGGGGGGGACCUCAAGUUCCACAUCUACAAUGUUGGCACACGGGGCCUGGCCAUGAGCAGGGUGGUCUUCUACUCGGCCCAGAUGACCUGUGGAAUCCUGCACCUCCACUCCCUCGGCAUUGUCUACCGGGACAUGAAGCCAGAGAAUGUGCUUCUGGACGACCUUGGCAACUGCAGGCUGUCUGACCUGGGGCUGGCUGUGCAGAUCCAGGAUGGCAAGCCUGUCACACAGAGGGCUGGAACCAAUGGUUAUAUGGCUCCUGAAAUCCUAACGGAAAAAGUGAGUUAUUCCUAUCCUGUGGACUGGUUUGCAAUGGGAUGCAGUAUUUAUGAAAUGGUUGCUGGACGAACACCAUUCAAAGAUUACAAGGAAAAAGUCAGUAAAGAGGAUUUAAAGCAAAGAACCCUGAAAGAAGAGGUCAGAUUCCAACAUGAUAACUUCACAGAGGAAGCAAAAGAUAUUUGCAGACUCUUCUUGGCUAAGAAACCAGAGCAACGUUUAGGAAGCAGAGAAAUGUCUGAUGAUCCCAGGCAACACCCUUUCUUCAAAACCAUCAAUUUUGCUCGCCUGGAAGCUGGCCUAGUUGAGCCCCCAUUUGUGCCAGACCCUUCAGUGGUUUAUGCCAAAGACAUCGAUGAAAUUGAAGAUUUCUCUGAGGUUCGGGGAAUUGAAUUUGAUGAUAAAGAUAAGAAGUUCUUCCAAAGAUUUGCAACAGGUGCUGUCCCUAUAGCAUGGCAGGAAGAGAUUAUAGAAACGGGACUGUUUGAAGAAUUGAAUGACCCCAAUAGGCUUACAGAUUGUGGGGAUGGUAAUUCAUCCAAGUCUGGUGUGUGUUUGUUAUUGUAAGUUGUUCUCUCCACCAGAUGGGCAGCAGCAAUCUCAGCUGACAUAACCCCCCCAAA